ACACCUUCAUUAGCCUUCUCCUCUAAAUCUCUAAUCUAUUUCCGGCCAUGAAUAAGCCAGAAGAAACGGAAUCCAACGAUCAAGACUUCUUUCUAAAGCGUGAGCUUGGUCUUGGGCUUUCUUUAGGACCUUUGAGAACCUCUCCCGAACCGUUAUUUUCUUCAUCUCCAUCGCCUCAACCGCUACCUGAUCAAGAAAUUUCACAGCUAAUCCAAAUCGAAACCCCUGCAGCCACCGUAUCCCCUGAUCCUAGCUUUCUGCUCUCUCAUAACCAUGUCGCAGCAACAACUACUCCUCACAUGGCGCCUCCUACUGGGCCUUCCUUUCAUACUGCUGCUGCUGUUGUUGCCCCUUCUUUGCAGCUCCAAGAGGCUUCCCCUGAAGGUCCUCGCGUAAAACGUGUUCGGCGUAACCCUACUCAGGCUCCCCGCGAUGGUAAGAGCGAAAAUGUCCCUCCACCUUUUCCUUGGGCUACGAAUCGUCGCGCCACCGUGCAUAGCCUAAAUACCUUGCUGUCUAAUAAUAUUGAAACCAUCACCGGUGCCGUCCAAUGCAAGAGAUGUGAGAAGCAGUACGUGAAGGAGUUCAAUCUGCAAGAGAAGUUCCGUUUAGUAGGGGAAUACAUUGCUGAAAACAAGCACUCCAUGCAUGACAGGGCUCCGGAUCGUUGGAUGAAUCCGGAGUUGCCUAAUUGCGAUUAUUGCAACCAAGAAAGAUGCGUAAAGCCGGUGAUUUCUCAGAAGAAGAAAUCAAUAAAUUGGCUGUUCUUGCUUUUGGGUGAGAUGGUGGGUUGCUGUACUCUUGAUCAGUUGAAGUAUUUCUGCAAGCACACCAAGAAUCAUCGAACUGGGGCUAAGGAUCGUGUUCUUUAUCUCACAUAUCUUGAAUUGUGUAAACAGCUUCGUCCUGAUGGUCCUUUUGCUCGCUGAAACAAGAGACGAUCACAGGUGGGUUUUCAUUUUUAAUGAGAUAUUUACUUUCAGGAGUGGAAAUUAUUAUUCAAUUGGUAGAUCAGUGGAUUCAUAUGGAUUUCUUUUGAUCUUUGUAGCUCUACUGCUUGAACUAGAUUUCAUCUUGAAAUCCUUCUAUUUAUC